AUGAGCUCCAGCUGUAUGUUGCUACUCAACAAGGCAGUGGCGACGUUUGUGCACGAUCGCUUCAGUUUGAUACUGGUCCAAUCUGUCACGUCUGUGCUGAUGAACUUUCUUGGAACAAGCAUCGGAAUCUUCCGAGAGCUCAAGCCUUUCACAACGGACAUGUUCCGAUUGUUCUUGCCACCUUCGCUUAUCUUCUUCUGCAUGCUUCUCACCUCGCUGAUCAGUUUGCCACAGGUGUCUGUCGCGACAGUUUUGGUGGCGCGGUCUGUCGGACUCUGCUUCGUGGCGACGGGGGAAUACUUUCUUUUCAGCAACGCCAAAGAUCUGGCGCAGAAGGUGGGGCUUGCCAUCAUCGUGGUGGGCGCCGGCAUCUAUGGUGCAACGGACAUUACAUAUGCGGCACAAGGCUAUUCUUGGCUUUGCAUAAACUCCUUGCUCAACAUUACUUGUCAACUCUGGGAGAAGCGAGCGAUUUGCAAAGCGGUCAACCAAACUGCCGAAGGCCUGGCUAUCGUGCAGAAUACGCUGGUCAUCCCUAUUGCUUUGUCGAUGCUUCUCUACACAAGAGAGACUCCUAUUCAGACCAUAUCCACCGCACCGACGAGUAUACAGCUCUCUGUCUUUCUCUCUGCGACCCUUGGAUUUCUGAUAAACUUGAGCUACGUGCGGGUGAACUUGAGCUUCCAGGUGACCUCCAUCGCAGUGGCAAGCUCCCUGAGCCGUGUUGUGGCCCUGCUGAUAGGUUCAAAACUCUUCGGCGAGGCCAUGACACGCAUUCAAGUCUUUGGCGCCGCUGUUUGCCUGUUCGGCUCCGCUGUUUACAGCAGCGUCCCUGUCAAGUUUGCCUUGCCGGUAACUUUGGGUGCGCUGGUGGGAGUUCUCGGGAUGCAGAUGGACCGCCUUGCAUACUCUUUGAGUGGCGACCUGGCUGUUCGCGUGGUGGAAGAAGGCUCGGCUAAGCCGCAGUGGUACCCGUAA